AUGGAUCUUCCAAAGGACCUACGGCAUUUGUUUUUGGAAUGGAUGCAAGCUGAGCAUCUUAGACAUUGUCAGAACAACUCUCGAAUGGCACACACUUACACCAAUGCAAUGAAAAGUCUGCGUCAAUGUUCUACAAUGGUUGAGCAUCCACAGCAGCUCAUAAGUUUGAAGUACAUUGGGGAGAAAAUAGUAGCGUUGAUGGAGAAGAAGCUUUCGGAAUACUGUGAGGAUAUGGGAUACGAAUAUCCCCAACUGCCAGAAUCAAUUUUGGAGAAACAACGAGAGAAGGAACAGAAGGAGAGGGAGAAAGCUGAAAAGGCUGCAAAGAAGAAAAGAAAGGUGAAUGAGGCUGGUUCGGACGAUACCGAUUGCGGUGGUAGUCAUGAUGAUGGGGUAGGAAAUGACAAGAGAAGAAGGAAAAAAACUACGAAACGAUAUAUUCCUGCUAUGAAUUCGGGUGGUUAUGCGAUAAUGCUAGCCUUAUAUUAUCAUGAUAAGCGAGGGACGGGACUAACAAAGAAUGAUAUAAUCAAAUUUGCGUCACCAUUAUGCUCAUCUUCAUUCACACCGUCCCCUAACGUAGGAAACUUUUAUACUGCAUUUUCUAGCAUGAAGACGUUGAUCAAUAGGGAAUAUGUUUCAGUGGAAGGAUCGCCCAAACAUUACUAUUUAACUGAUGAGGGGAAAGAAGUUGCUGAGUCACUAAGUAGAAUUAGUGAUGCAGCACCCAUAUCAAGUCGAACUAACGAUCAGGAUUCAUCGUCGUUUCUUGACCCUAAUGAAUCCAAUAUUUCUCUACCUCGGUCAAGUGCAAUUAACAGGUCCUUUUCAGAGCCUACAAAUUCAAAUAGGAUCAACCCAUUAACAAGCAGCUCGCCUCAAGUUCAUAAGACGCAGAAAAUUACAACAUCGAGUCCUUUCCAUGGCAAUUCAUUGAGUGACCUAUCACGGAAUAGACGAGGAUUGCCUGACUCUACAACAACAACUACAACACAGCAACACCGCAACGAUACCCCUACAAAAUGUAAAUCAGCAUAUCAAUUGUGGAAAAAAGGCAGUUACAAAAUCAAGUUUAUUUUGGAUAAUAGGGAAGUGUUCUCCAAAACAGAGCGUGAUUAUUUCGCAAGAAGGUUAAGAGGUUUAGGGAUAAAUCUAGAAGUUAGGGCUUUACCUGUUGGUGAUGGUAUGUGGGUUGCAGUAAAUAAGAGGACCAAGCAAGAGAGUACGCUAGACUUCAUUUUUGAGCGUAAGAGAUUGGAUGAUUUGGUCGGAUCUAUUACUGACGGCAGAUACAGGGAACAGAAACAGAGGUUGGAGAAAACCGGAAUGAAGAGGGUAUUUUAUAUAGUCGAAGAAGCAGUAGCUUCGGAUAUAUCCAAAUUUGCAGACGCAAUCAAAACUACCAUUUCAAUGAAUACCACAUAUUCUGGCUUCCAUACCAAGAUAACCAAGAAUGCCGAGGAGACGUUGAAGCUGAUUGUCGAUCUGACGAACCGAAUCACUAGAAUACAUCGAAACAAAACGUUGCUAGUUCUUGAGCCCAGAGAUAUCAAUACUCAGGGUGAAUACCAGAAGCUCUUGGACGCCGUGCGAAUGGACUAUGGGGACGAGGAGAAGGAGGUGGUUUACAGUUACAGCUCCUUCACAGAGAUCAUGGGCAAAUCUGCAAUGACUAAUGUAAAGGAGAUGUUUGUGCGGUUGCUCAUGUGCACAAAAGGUGUUGGCCUAGACAAGGCCAGUGCCAUUCAGCAGCACUUCAAAAUUCCACGCAAUUUGAUCGAGUCGUUCCAAAGGGCCCACCCAAUGGAGAGAUGUCCCAUCUUAAUCAAAGAAGCUCUACGUGAUGAAAUAGGCCCUCGUAAAGUGGGGAAAGCAUUAAGUGAGAAACUUGCAACUAUUUGGUGCUCCCAAUGCGUCGGUAAAAGUAUCCAAGAAUAG